CUCUAAGAUGCUCGCAAUGUUACACGACAAUACAGUCCAUUUCCACAGUUCACACGCUCACCGUCUGCGCCCCUCGCCCUCUCUUUUUUUCAUUCCUUCAAAGUGCCCUCAUACAGACCUCUUCCACUCCACUUCCACCUCCUUAACCAUUACGACAAUGACAGAUCUCAAAACUCGCUUCGCCAGGGUGUGGCCCCGUCUCGUCGUCGGUCUCUGGGCCAGCCACGACCUUCUCACAGACCUUGGUAUUCUGUAUAUAGGUCUACGAGCUGACAGCCUUCUCAAGAAUGGAUAUUUCCGUGGCUAUCUGUCCAAUUCACCCGAAGAAGAAGAACGCAUCGUCAAGGCCACCCUCAUCUUCGUGGGGGGCCUCUUUUCAGUCAUUGACGUCGUUGCUCUCUAUGCAGCCGUCCGUAAAUCAAUUACUGCCACGAAAAUCUCCUUGGCUGUCUGGUGUUUCCGCAUGGCUGCUUCCUUCCUGACCCUGCUGUUCAUGAGCUUCGUCCUGUUCUUAAGCGACGAGACCCGAGAUCACAUGCCCCGCCCGGGAGUUCAAGCUGUUUGCCUCUGGGUAAUGCGUCUGUUUUCGCAACUCCUCUAUGGAUGGUCGCUGGUGGUAAUCUUGAGGGACCUGAGAGGUCAGGGCAGGAACAUAUGGGGCCGUUUGGUCGGACCGCAUGAGCAGCCUGUGUAUGAGGAAGCACAUAUCCGCCUCCCAGUGGAGUAGGGCGGCCAUGUAUUGACCAACUACCAUGUCAAUCUAGCAAGGAUACAAGCGCCCCUUCAUUCCUGGACAUUGAUGACAAUAAAUAAUCGGAUUAUCUA